UUCGUCCGUCAGAUGACGUUAGGUGACGUCAUUCGUAACGCAGUUUGUGAAAUUCGCAAAAUUAGGAAAUUGUGCUUUACUUCGUUUGUUGUAAUUUGAAAGAAGAAAUUAAUAUACAAAUGGAGGAAGACGCAGUUUUAACAACCCUAAAAAUUCUAAUUAUUGGAGAAAGCGAUGUAGGAAAAUCCAGUUUGUUGCUGAGGUUCACAGAUGAUGUUUUUGAUGCAGGAUUAGCUGCAACAAUAGGUGUUGAUUUUAAAGUUAAAGUAAUUACUGUUGAUGGGAAUACAGCAAAGUUAGCUAUUUGGGAUACUGCUGGAUCAGAGAGGUUUAGAACACUUACACCCAGUUAUUAUAGAGGGGCACAAGGUGCAAUUUUAGUUUAUGAUGUGACUAAUAGAGCAAGUUUUGUAAAAUUGGACCAAUGGCUAAAUGAAUUAGAAACUUAUUCUACAAGAAGUGGUAUUGUAAAAAUGCUUGUUGGGAACAAGAUUGAUAAGGAAAAUCAAGUAGUUAGUCGUGAAGAAGGAAUGAAAUAUGCCAGAAAACAUUCCAUGUUGUUUAUAGAAGCAAGUGCAAAAACUAAAGAUGGUGUUCAGUGUGCAUUCGAAGAAUUGGUUGAAAAGAUUCUUCAAACUCCAGGCCUGUGGGAAACUAAUAGAUCGGAAGGUCUUAGAUUGGAUGAAGAUACAAGCAAAAUUGAGGAUAAAGCAGGAUGUUCAAAUUAUUAUUGUGUAAUCUAGAAGUUUUGUAUUUUAUAAUUUGUAAAUAUGUUAAAACAGCCAAAAACAAGGAUAUAAGCACUAUAACUAUCAAGUUUCUAGUGCUAUGGAAACCAAAAAACUUUGCCAACUGAAGAUUUUAAUGCAUAUAUCAGGGUUGGAAAAUUUUAUUCCAUGCCUACAAUAUCAUAUUUCUGAAAAGAAUAAGUUUUACUCUAAUGGAAUUUAUUCACAUUUUAUAUUAAUUGAUAAAUUUGUGAUUAGUUUGCAUAUUUACUGUGUUAACAUCUGUAAAUAUUUAUAAUUAUAUUUAAUUUUAUGUUUAAUAUUAUUUUGAAAUCUAUCCAUUUUGCAAUCAUAUAUUCAUAAAUUCAAGAAUUCAAUUUUAUUAUAACAUUUAUUUCCUAUUUUUAUAUAACUGAAAUAAAUCAUACUGUAUAAAACUUGUAGAAAUCUAAAAUUAUAUUAUUCCUAAUUAGCAAACAUAUUUUAUAAGUGUAAAUAUUGUUACGCACAGUUAUAUUUUCAAAAAAUUCAAAUAUAUAGAAACAUGUAAAAAUCUAAAAAAAUUAAAAUUAAUUUAAGUAAAUUAUCUUGUUCAUUUCAAAUUGAUUUUUAUGAUUUGUCAAUAAGAGGGAAAAUUUUCUUGUUGGUGUUCUCAUAAUUUAUUUGAUUGUAGAAAAUGUUUUGAAUAAUUAAUAAAGUAUUUAUACAUCAAAAA